UCGUGAGUCAAAAGGUCCACAAUUGCCAGAUUAAUUAAGAGAAUAGCCGGUUAAUUUUGCUGAUGAUCAGAUGACUAUAUAUAUUAUAUAAGUCCUCGAGAAUCAAAAGGAAAUUUUAAAAAUAAAAUUUUUCAAUUUUCUUAAUCCUAAUUUAAAUUGCUUUAAACUUAAUUAAAAUCAAUUUAUUGAAUACAGAUCAAAAUAACUUUGAGAAGAAAUAUGAAAUGCGUCUAAUUAAUAAAGCUUCACAUGCUUCACUUCAAAUUGAGAAUCAGAAUAGUUGAUAUACAAAAUAUAUAAGUAUAGAAAAUAUUUAUUGAUGUACUUUAUUGUACAUUUUGAUUGGUAUUUAAAAACCCUUAUAACGUUCAGGAAAUGGAAUACAGGUUUUGACUGUAUUGAUAAUGUCUGUAAGAUGCAUGUGCUGGACUUAAAUCACGGAAAGUCUGUAAGAUUAAAGACAAUUUAAUGCAAGAUCGUUUGAAUAAAGGAUUUAUUUUCUUAUUGUUUAUUACAAUGAAAGUCAAUUUUAGGGUAGGAAAUGAUUGUCCUAAUUGCUAGAAAUCUCUUUGCCGACAAUAGACAAGCUCAUGCAAUGUACAAAUCUUAAGAAAUCCUAUAGUUUUUGGCUUAUGGUAUCAUGUAUAACAAAAGUUAUCGACACGUUGAUUCAGUGUUGUAUAUUACUUUGUAUAGCCUUAUAAUUUGUAUUCUGUUGUUAUUAUAACUAUUGAAAUAUGACAUCUCUCUAAAUAUAGCGUUAUUUUAUUGUUUGGCGAUGUUUUUUCGUAAACCGGUAAUGUUUCUAUAAAACACCAUGUGCGUGUGGUAGCAUACGGAAAUGGGGGAUCGAGGGCGUAAAAUAGCCUUUUUUGUUCAAAAUGAAUGUUACAACACGCCUCCCGCACGGAUCAAAGUUUAGCUGCCGAGGUACCACACUGGACGUUGAGUAUAAAAGCCUGGUCUGCUCAGCUAGCAAAGCACAACUCAAAGGUUCAAGCAAGUCAAACAACAGUUGCAGUAAAGAACUAAAGAGAUCAAUUGAAAGUCAGGUUUCAUCGUUUUGUUAUCAUGGGGGUCAUCAAGUUGAUUUCCAUUGCUGUAUUGGUGGUGUUUACAACUCCAUCACAAUCCGCAGGUAUGCUUUGUCACUGACAAACACAAUUUCAUUCGUUAGUGUAGGUUUUUCGACAUAGGAAACAUCAUAAUAUAACUGCGGUUUGCGCUUCACGAUUUCACCGAAAGAUCAAGGGAACAUCCGAUGAUUAAACCUCUUUUACGAUUCACAUGAUAUUUUUUUUGUAUCAGAAAUUAAAUAUGAACGUGUUUCAUAUUACACACACCAAUUGCAUAUUAUAUAUUUUACCUAGAUUUUUACUAGUAGUUUUCAGUCUCUGAUUGGUCAACUGCAUGUCAUAUUAUAACCACAUGCAUGCAUUGACGUUUCUUUUGUACCAUUUUUAUAAACAGCCCAUGCAAUUAAAUUUUCUUGGUGCACACGCAACAUUUCGUUCUGUUUUGAACUUUGUCUAUACCUAUAUACGUUAAAGAAUAAAUGCUGAUGCCAAUAUGAUUUCUGCGUACGUUCUGAAUAUGUAGUAUAGUGUUGUAACAGCCAACAGUAGUUUACUUGUGGUUGGCAGCCGUUACAAAACUUGUACACAGAAUGACAGCGAACAGCUUUGGAUUUCGUAUAGAUAAACAAGAACUUGAAUACUAAGAUAUUUCAAUAUUUUUUCUCUAUUUAGAUCUGUUUCGACAUUGCAUCUUCAGCGAGAUUGCUCGUACCGAUGCCAUCAUCUUUAAGUUCAAGACGACUGAAACAUCGUCUGUUUUUAGCUUCAUCGUUAACGAACAACUUCACAAAAACACACUUGUUCUCGCUGACUCCACCAAAGGAACAAUUAAGCUGGCCAGGUCUCUUCUAAAUAUUCUCACAUGGAGAACGGAUGACACGUCAAGGAUCACUGCGGUUUUGACCCAGACGAAAGGCGGUGCUGUUUUAAACAAAAUCACGAUCGAGUUUAUCAUUCUGAAGGAAGGAUGGGCUGAUACUCUUCUUCCAGGUCUUAUCGCUAGCGUUCCGACAUUAGCAAAAGCAAGCAAUCCAUUCCGACGAACAACAGCAAAUUUUCCUUUUUACAAAAAACUCCAUAGUAUCUUGAUGCGAGGGACAAAACGAUCCACAGUGACCUCGUUGGCUGAAUGCAAAUUCACUGGUGCUUACCAGCAACUCGUAAAGUUAAUCCUUAAAAAACUGGCAGGUAGCUAAUAAUUUGGUACUUUAGAAUAACUAAAGAAUGUUAUUGUUAUAUUCAUUGUUAGCUUUGACUUUAGGCUCUCUGUGAUUGACUAUUGUCGUUUCUCCUAGAGGCGAGGUUGUCUCUCACACCCUAGCCAUUUUGUUUCAUACAUAUUUGUGUGUCAUGUUUUAAUGAUCACAAACAUCGGUUGUAACUGUCAAUAUUUUUAGAGCGCUAUCAAGCAUUAGCAGAUUACUGGUUUAGAUAGAAAUAUUUUUUUAUGAUUAUGGGGUGAAUUAAUCUGGGAAAUAAAGUGAUCAGCAAUAAUAAUAUGAUAUGUAAUAAAUAAAGCAUGAGGGGCCGUGUUGUAUCAGAUAUACAAACUCGAGCCGAAGGCGAGAGGUUGUAUGUCUGAUAGCCUACAAUACGGACGCAAAAUUAUACAACAAUUUAAAAUAAAUUAGUGAUAUUUAGUGAGAAAAUUAAACUUAAGGUUGAUGUAAAUCAGCAUGAUUCUGUAUCAGAUAUACAAACUCCUUAACGCUGAUGAUUUCUUUUGUGUGUUUUUUUUCAUGAAUUAUUAAUGAGUUUCACAAAUACCAAUACAGGCUUGCCAUUUGGCCAAGUAUUAAUAUCAAAUAAACGACGUAUUACUUCCUAUAUCUCUUAACAAGAAAACCAGUCAAUAUUUUCAUGCGUAUUAAACUUCAUGCGUCUUUUUUUUCAGUAAAUCUUCUUCUCGCGAAGAUUCAUGUCGGACCACAAGGAAUUCUAACUCCCGAAAAACUACAGGAAUUGAUUGAAGCAACCGGCUGCAUACCAGAGAUCGAAAACCCCGAUUGCCCUCCGGAAACGAUCAAAUAUCGUACUAUAGAUGGUACUUGCAAUAACCGACGUAUUGGAUCCACUACGAAUGGAGCCGCCGAAACCGGUUUUCAACGAUUUCUACCUGCGUUGUACUUUGGACCAGAAGGCCUGGAUGGACCUGCUCGAGAUCAACCGAACGCACCGGACCUACCAAAUCCAUCCCUAGUUACAUCCGAAUAUAUUGUAAUUCAAAGUAUAAAUCAACUAAACCGUGAUGGUAUUAAACAUAUGUUUAUGCAAUGGGGACAAUUUCUCGAUCACGAUCAGACAUUGGCACCAGAAUCCGAGAAUGGUGAUAUAUGUGAAGAUGUACCGUAAGUAUCCGAUCCGUCAUUUUGUAGCAAUAAAAACUACGUGACCUCAUACAUAUGCAAUGUGCAAUUAAAUUAAAUGUUAGGGAUAAUUUAAGUUUGACGUAAGUUAAGAUUAAAGUUUGGGAUAACAUUGAGAUCAGGAUGGAAGAAUUAGUAACCAUAAAGAUUAUGUGACGUCAUACAUGCAUAUCGAUUUCUCAGUCAAGAUUUUCUUUGUUUUUUUAAACAAAGAAACAUGGUGCUAAUUUUGUCUACUGUCCAAGAUUAACUGAAUUUUAGGAAACAAAAACAGUUCUAUCCUCAUUCUUCUAGCGAAAUAGGGUUUUGAUUCUGAUCAAGAUCAAAGACGGAUAUAACAUAAGACGAUCAUUCAAAAAUCAAAAUACUCUUUAGCAUUUACAUAUAAUUAACAUAUCCGCAAAUCCAGAUGUCUGCACGAACGUACCCCGCAUCUCUGCAUGUUCCAGCUAACCACACUCUGUGCCUUUUCAAUUAACUAGAUGUAAUGGCAGCCCCGAAGAUGAUGUAGAGCCGUGUUUUCCUAUCCUACCUGCCGGAGGAAGACCAUGUAUCAGAUUGAUAAGAUCAGCAGCGAGAUGUCCAAUCAAUGGCUUUAAACUUCUACCACGAGAACAGAUCAACGUGAAUACAGCGUAUAUUGACGGUUCCAUGAUUUAUGGUUCGUCUGAAUCAGUAGCAAACGCAGUUCGAGACCUCUCCAGUAAGUACAUUUGUAAACAUACAAAAUAGUUUUAUUGAUAAUUCGGUUCAUAAACCCAUUUCUUGUCUAUUGGUGGGCAGGAGGGGGACCACACGGUCCAAUAUUUUUUCAGGAAGUUACUGCAAAACAGCAGUUAACUUUUUGACAUCUGAUAGGAGGGGGGAGGGGGUGAUAAAAGUAACUCGUGCUUUUAUCCUAGCUCAAAUGUGAUAUGAAAUGUCAUGUUUCGCAGAAUUUUUAUGCUGAAUUAUGUUUUGUUUCUUGUCUCUUCUGUUGUUCUUGAGUUGACUGACCAUCAAAUUGAGUUCAAGCAAGAGAGUCAAUAAACAGAACUAAAUCCUAGAGAAGUUCAUUCUAGAGGUCAAACUCAAAACUUAUUAUUUUACAGGUGAUUAUGGAUUACUGCAAACGUCAGGUGCAGACCUUUUACCGAUUGAUAACAGUCAACUGGGCGAACCAAAUUCCUUGUGCGAAAAUCUUGGAUCAUGUUUUCUUGCUGGAGAUACUAGAGUGAACGAGCAAGCAGCAUUGGCAGCAAUGCAUACGCUUUGGGUGCGUGAACACAACAAAAUUGCGACCGGACUUAGAAAUCAGAACAGACAUUGGGACGGCGAAAGAAUCUACCAAGAAACAAGAAGGAUUGUGGGCGCUCUAGUUCAGCAGAUCACAUACGAGGAAUGGCUACCGAUUGCUAUUGGUCGAGAUGCUUUAAGUCCUUAUAGAGGCUACAGGCGAAACGUGAAUUCUGGAAUAAGCAAUGCUUAUGCAACAGCCGCGUUCCGUUUGGGCCACAGUUUGGUUAGACCUAAGUUUGAAUACCUUGGAAGCAAUUUUCAACCUUUCCCGUUUUCACCGAUUCCUUUGAACCGUGUAUUCUUUAAUAACACACAGUCGCAGGUAAAUGGCGUCGAUGGUUGGAUUAUAGGCAUGCUUGGAAAUGUCUCUCAAGAAAUGGACAAUGAGAUGGCUAUUGGGCUAACAGAUAACCUUUUCGAACGGCCCAAUAUUGACAGAAUAGGUCUCAAUUUAGCAGCUUUGAAUAUGCAACGUGGUCGUGAACAUGGCUUACCAUUCUAUAGUGCCUUCCUAGCUGAAUGUCAACGGCGUUUCCCAGGCCUGUAUCCAGUUGAUGUCAGCGACGUAACAAGUUUUGAUCAAAUUCGCGUGCUCUUCCCGCCUCAGGUGUUUGAAAGCAUUAAGAGUGUUUACAACAAUAAACCUCAGAACACCGAUCUCUUUCCAGCUGGCAUUGGCGAACUCCCUACAAAUAGAGAAUUCGGCCGACCACGAAGACGGUUUCAAGACGACGGAAUACUACCAGAUCCGAUCCUUGGACCAACUUUCACUUGUCUGCUUAUUGACCAGUUUGAACGUGCUCGUGAUGGUGAUAGAUUCUUUUACCGUAGAAGAAUACAUUUCUCGCGCAGGCAACGACGGUCUAUAUACAGCAGAAAAUUCUCAGAUGUAAUCUGCAAUAACAUAAAUGUUGUAUCCGUUCCGAAACAAGCUUUCCUGCCUAGUGCUACGCGUGUCUGUCCAACCGCCGGCAGACCUAUGAACCUAAGCCCAUGGAGAGGUAAGUUUAUAUGUCCAUGAAAAGCAGUUCAGAAACUAGAUGUAAGUGAGGAAGCCAGCAUGACUUUUUCAGUUAAUUUAUUUUGGCAACUAUCCAUAUUUCUAAUUCACUAUUCCGACGAUUGGGGCAAACAUCAGUAAAAUUGAAGUUGAAUAGAAACUGAGAGAUUUAUUUAGAAUUGAUUUAUUUUCUAUAGAAACUGUUACAAGUUGUGUUCAGCGUCCUUGUCGUAAUAAUGGAAUAUGUCGUGAGUUUACUUGGGGACGUCGUACCAAUGUUCGUUGCCGAUGCCCAACAGGAUUUAAUGGCGUAUUCUGCGAAAACAGUAAGUUUUCAUUUGUUUGCUUUCCUUGUUUGAGCUUUAAAGCUCAGCAAAAUAUUGACUGAAAACAUAGUACCUGAGUUCGAACAAUACCCUUCUCAUCGAAUUUCUUUAUAUAUAGCGUAAUUGCCAGAGCAUGAAGCUAUAGCUGUCUGAAGGCCCAUGCACGACUCAAGAACUUUUCUAGUCCAUGUCAACUUUAACAGUUUGUAAAUACAAACUACGAUGCUGCAAACAUAUAAAUUGCAUUUUAUUUCAUUUAUACGAAGUUAGUACAUACUCAAAAAACGUAGUUUACAUGAAUAACUUUCUUUUGGAAAAUUGUAUGCCAAUAGAACUUGGUCCUUUAUUUCAUACAAAAAUUUUAACAUAAUUUCCUGAACAUAAUUUCUUCGUGUAAAUUGAAAGAGUUUGGAAACGAGAUUAUGUCGGAUUACUUGUCACAAAGUACCUGACAGAAAAACAUAGGGCAAGAACAUCAUGCUGUAUGCCUUGAAAAAUCGCUCGAGUGCAGAUUUAUAAAUCACGUCCAUACAUAGCAUAACGAUCCCGCCACAAAUUCAGGGUCAAUCGAUAUACAGUCAUUGAAAUUUUAUAUAUGCGAAUGAAAUUUGCUACGAUUUUAUGUUGAGACGACCUCACCGAUCACCGUGCACAAAUAUAUGGAAAGAAAUGAAUAUUUCAACAGCACGGUUGAGAAAUUAGACGAGAUAACGCCAGAAAUGAUUUUUCUUUACCGUGCAUGCACAAAUUUGCAUAAACAUGAAAAAAGAUAAACAAAGACGUUGACCGUUCCACACCAUAUCUUCAUCGACUCUUGCCAUAGAAAAUUAAUUAUAAAACAUCAUUAAUUACCCUUAGAAGUCACAUUUAAUUAUCAUUUUAAAUUAUUUUCACUCAACGAAAACCUUAUUUUUUUGUUCUGUUUAGGA